UUUUUUUUCUUACACUUGUUUGAGCAAAACGAUAAUACAAAGAUGGCAGCUACACAAGACUUGACCAUGAGAAUGAUCCCUUUCUUAGAUCGCCACCUUGUCUUUCCUCUUUUGGAAUUUUUGGAAUUGAAGGAAGUUUAUGUUCCUCAAGACUUGCUUCAAGCCAAAUACGACUUGUUCAAAAACUCCAACAUGGUUGAUUUUGUUCUCGACUUGUACAAGAAGCUUCACAAGACAGAAGAAGCUCCUAAAGAAUUCACUGAAAAGAGAGAAAAAGUGUUGUCUCAAAUGGAAGAAUUAAGAACCAAGGCACAGAAAGUAAUGGAUGUUCUUGAAAAGCCCGAAGUUAUUGCUGCUCUUCGUCAAGAUAAGGCUCAAAACUUACAAUACUUAAAAGACAACUACAAGUUUACUGACGAUUCGAUCAACAUCUUGUACGAAUUCGGUCAAUUUCAAUACAAUUGUGGUGAUUAUGGAUGUGCUGCUGACUAUCUCUAUCAUUAUCGUGUCUUGUCCACUGAUGCUGAACGCUCUCUUUCUGCCACUUGGGGUAAGAUGGCUGCUGAAAUCCUUACUGGUAGCUGGGAUGCUGCUUUGGAAGAAAUGCAAAAGUUAAGAGAAGCCAUUGAUCAAAAGAACUUUACAUCACCUCUUCAACAACUUCAACAACGUACCUGGCUUCUUCACUGGUCCUUGUUCAUCUUUUUCAACCAUCCCAAGGGCCGUGACGGAAUUGUCGAUAUGUUUCUUACACCUCAGUACAUCAACACCAUUCAAACCUCUUGUCCCUGGAUUUUGCGUUAUCUUGCCACAGCUGUUGUGACCAACAAACGCAGAAAGAACCAAAUGAAGGAAUUGGUCAAGAUCAUUGAACAAGAAGUGUAUGAAUACCAAGACCCUGUUACUGAAUUUGUUGAAGCACUCUUUGUUCGUUUUGAUUUUGAAGGUGCCCAAAAGAAGUUGAAGGAAUGUGAAGAUGUCUUGAGCAAUGAUUUCUUCUUGGCUGCUACUCAUGAAGACUUUAUGGAAAGUGCCAGACAAUUCAUUUCUGAAACAUACUGCAGAAUUCACCAAAAGAUCGAUAUUGAACAAAUGUCACAGAGAUUGAACUUGACUCAAGAAGAAGGUGAAAAGUGGAUUGUUAACUUGAUCAGAGAUACGCGUGUUGAUGCAAAGAUUGAUUUUGAAGAGAACACUGUCAUCAUGAACACACCCAUUACAUCUGUAUAUCAACAAGUGAUUGAACGCACAAAGGGUCUUUCUUUCCGAUCACAAGUACUUGCCACUACUAUCAAAAGACGUGAACUUCAACAAAACACUUCAAAUGAAGUUGUUGCCUAGACAAACACUUAUCACCUUGUAUAAUUUCAAUAUGGCCAUAAAAAUAGCUGCAUAAAUUUGCUGUUUUAAAAUAAACUUGUAGCAUUACAAUAAAAGGAGAAGGAUCGGCUGUUACAUAGCAGAUGACACAAAA